CGUUGCAUGGCUGUGACAGAUUUCCUAACCUAUAUAAUAGUCGUCAACUUUAACGCUUAUUAUCUCGGUUCGUAGGGCAGAGCAAUACUUUUUUCUGCUAGAAUCGUUUAUUUUGUGCAAAAACGCGUCGAAUGUGCCUAAUUUCAUCGAAAUCAGUGAGAAAGCUGAUAUAUAAUUUUUCACCGUAAAGACGUAAACAUACCGGUCGAAUUGGCUCUGACGACGGAGCGAGAAUCAUUGUUGUCGAAUAGGAAGACCGUAUAAACACUAGAAACAUGUUACGAAUAGUCAAGACCAGAAAUUCCAAAUGCAUCCUCAGUUGCCACUUUUACCUGGCAUGUGCGCAAGCUUCGACAGAGAGUAACAAAGGAUUCUCCGAAAAACUAGCAAAAGGUCCACAAUUUGACGACUUUCUCAAAAACAAUGUUAUAGAGUAUAAUGGCAAGUUAAAAUUAGAGAUAGGUGAGUCGGGACGGCUGAAACUGCCGCCAUGGCUGAAAAGAGAGAUACCUGUGGGAAAGAGUUACAGUAGGAUAAAGGCGCAACUGAGGCAAUUACGACUAAGUACGGUUUGCGAAGAAGCCAGGUGUCCUAACAUCGGGGAAUGCUGGGGUGGAAGCACUCACGGUACAGCAACAGCUACUAUUAUGUUAAUGGGAGAUACAUGCACUCGUGGCUGCCGUUUCUGCUCUGUCAAAACUGCACGUAAACCACCGCCGUUGGAUGUAGAGGAGCCCAUCAAUACCGCUAGUGCAAUAGCUGCCUGGAAUUUGGAUUAUAUUGUUUUAACAUCCGUAGAUCGUGAUGAUUUAAAGGAUGGUGGAGCUAGCCAUAUUGCAUCUACUGUUAAAGAAAUAAAAAAGAGGAGCAAUAUAUUAGUGGAAUGCUUGGUACCAGACUUCAGAGGUGAUGAAAAUUGCAUUGCUACGAUGGUAAAUUCUAAUUUGGAUGUGUUUGCACAUAAUAUCGAAACCAUAGAGCGUUUAACUCCCUUUGUUCGUGAUAUGCGCGCUCGAUAUAGACAGUCAUUGGCCGUAUUAAAAGCAGCUAAAAAGUUAAAUCCCAAUUUGAUUACGAAGUCGUCGAUAAUGCUGGGGCUAGGUGAAACUGACCAGGAAGUCGAACAAACUAUGCAAGAUCUAAAGGAUGCCGAUGUGGAUGCUAUAACAUUGGGACAGUACAUGCAACCUACCAAAAGACACUUAAGAGUCAUUGAGUAUAUAACACCUGAGAAAUUUAAAGCAUGGGAAAAUAUGGGGAAUCAAUUAGGCUUCUUGUAUACUGCCAGUGGACCGUUAGUUCGGUCAUCUUAUAAGGCCGGAGAAUACUUUUUAACAAAUAUAUUAAAACAACGGAAGAAACAGCAGAUUGAUGACCAUGUUACGUCGUGAAUGAAAAAUACAGAAGUGUAGAUAAAUGUUUAAUCGAGAUACAAGAUAGGAAAUCAAUAUAAAUAAUGAAUUCGAAAACAUUACGAAAAG